AUGGACCAUCGAGCACGACAUGGUUGUUCGAUUGGAGAGCAGCGAUGGGGGAAUCCGCGACCGUCGUCGUCAAUUAGAGGGCAGUGGCAGCAGGCCUCCACCGUCAAGCGCGGCAGGCUCGAUUCCGCUCCUGGGAGGUUCGAUUGGAGAGCAGCUUCACGAGAGGAAUCCCGUUCCAGCGCGGCCGUUGUGCAGGCGCGUGAGGUCGGGCGGGCGACGGGGCUCGCUCCACAGACGGUUCCCGAGUUGAUUCUCUCCGGCCCGAGCCGCGAGAGGUCCAACGAUUCAGGCCGCGAACUCCUGUUUUUUGGACGAUUGACAACCGCGUCCGCACGCGUACGCCCUCCUCCAAUCCUCCUCUACCUAGUCAGUACUACCUCCCACUGCAUUCUCCGAACCACCUUCAAAAUCCCCACUCUGAAUUUAAUCCAUGGCGCGCUGUACCAGGACGCGGCAAGCAAUACCAAGCCCAGCAGAGGCGACAAGGUCCACCCCUGCGCCACCGCCCCUCCCCACUCCGCCGCCCCACCACUGCACCGUCAGCUCUCGUCCAAACCCCUCGGCGGCGGCGCGGACCCGAGCCGCCUGUCGGAGGACAUCGUGUGCUGCAUGCGGAACAUCUUCAUCUCGCUCUCGGACUCCCGCAGGGAGGCCUCCAGGUCCAGGACGAACACCAACCCCUCCUCCCUCGAGAGCCAGCGGUCCGUCCCGUCGCCCAGCGGGAUCUCCGCCUUCUGGUCCCUGGCCGAGCCCUCCGCCAUCUCCUCCUGGGUGCAGAGCCCCCAGGUGGACCUCAACCAGAACAACAGCCUGCUGGCCUCCGAGACCGUGUUCGAUCCGUACAAGGCCAGGGAGAAGCUCAGCUGGGCGGAUAUGGGGACCUACGGCGCCGCCUCUGAGGUCUCCUGGAUGUCCGCCGGGAAGAAGCAGCUUGACUAUGCUGCAGAGUCGCUAAGGAAGUUCAGGUUGCUAAUUGAGCAGCUGGCAGAAGUGAACCCUGUUCAUCUCAAUGACGAUGCGAGAUUGGCGUUUUGGAUCAACUUGUACAACGCAUUGUUGAUGCAUGCUUAUCUUGCUUACGGUGUUCCACGAAGUGAUAUGAAACUAUUCUCACUAAUGCAAAAGGCUGCGUAUACGAUUGGAGGGAAUUCAUUCAGUGCAGCAUUCAUCGAAUAUGUUAUUAUGAAGAUGAAACCACCGAACCACAGGCCACAGAUGGCUCUGCUGCUCGCCCUUCAGAAGAUAAAGGCACCCGAGGAGCACAAAAAGUUCUGCAUUUCGGCACCUGAACCACUUCUGACGUUUGCUCUGAGCUGUGGAAUGUAUUCAUCUCCUCUCCCGCUGCUACGAGCCAGCGACCUCCUCUCCCGCUGUUGCGAGCCGGUGGCAGGCUCUUCCCCAGAUCAUUUUCCAGCAGCGAUGCUAUUUCCAUGGUGAUGCGUGGUGAAGAGUACUAGUACUCUGUACUUGUUGAGAGGAUAAAGACACAGAGGGGAUAGAUGCAAUGAGCAGGGAUCCACGUUUUCUAAUCACAACGCCCACCGCUCGGGGCCACACGCGCACAUGCGCCUCACAGCUGAACUAACGACGUUAGACACGUGGCAGUCAAUCAGCGCGUGCUCACGUAUACACCCGGUCACCAGGCUUCAUCCG